UCUGUGCGGAAGACGGUUGCUUGUUGCGAUAUGGCCUGUCAAGCAAACGACAUUCUCGCUGAGCGGAUAAACCAACACGAGGAAGAUGAUGCUAUUUUCCAGCCUGACGUCAUGCUACAAGUAGAUGGAGAGUCCUUUUACGUUAGCCGUCCUCAGCUUGCGCUUCAGAGCCCCUACUUCCGGGCUCUCUUUUUUGGCUGCGGUGUUGAAAGCACAAAAAGGAAAAUAGAGCUCAAAGGGGUUCACUUGCAGCAUUUCAAGGCGUUAAUGCACCAUAGCCGGACUUCCAUUCUCUCUCUGGACAGAGAAAAUGUUUUGGGGAUCCUUGAGACUGCAGAUUUUCUUCAGCUGGAGCGAGCCAAGCUGUUGUGCUGCAAAUUCCUUGAACGUGAGCUCCACCUCUGCAAUUGUUUGGGAAUGAUGGCUUUUGCCUGGCAGCGAGGCUGCGCUCAGCUCUACAGUGCAGCAAGGCAGGUAGCCCUCACUCACUUCUCUGCUGUUGUCUCUGAAGAGGACUUCCUGUCCUUGUCUAAGGAGACUGUGGCACACCUACUCGCCAGCGAUAACCUGGUCAUCCAGAGUGAGGAUUUGGUGCUGGAGGCGAUCUUACGCUGGGUGUCUUUUGACAACAAAAGAGAGGAACACUUUCUUGAGCUCACAGAGCUGGUGAGACCUGAGUCUCUGUCAUUGACAUUCAUCUCUAAACUUUUGGAUACAAUGACAAACAGUUCUGACACGACAGCCAAACUGAUCCGCAUGCUGAAUGAUCAUUUUCCAAAGUCCUGGUCGAUUGGGAGGUCCCUCCAAAGGAUCAAGCAAAAUCUCUUCGUUGUGGGAGGACCUCAUGAUCAGGAACAGCAGGAGUCCUACCAGUUUCAUCCACUCAGCGGGAGAUGGCAAAAUUGUGCACCUCUGCAGAGGAAGAACCUCACGCAGUACUCAGUAGCAGCAGUAGGAGACAGUGUGGUUGUGACAGGGGGCUACUUCCGUGACGUGCUGUGGUUCAGCGUGGACUGGGUCAGAAGAUACGAAUGUGGGAGCCAGCGGUGGAUGGAUGGCCCUGCUUUGCAGAGGUCCAGGCACAGCCACUGCUCCAUUGCGCUGGAUUCCGUCCUGUAUGUCUUGGGGGGCAGCAUGGACGAGGGGCUGGUGGCUGAUGUUGAAAGACUGAUCCUGGGGUCAGACGGGGGUUGGGAAAAUGUCAGCCCCAUGAGUAGGGCGGUAGAAAGGGCAGCCGUAGCCGCUCUGGGCCAGUGUAUUUAUGUCGCGUGUGGUCUAGAUGAAAAUGGAGAGGCGUUUGGGGGAAUACAGCGGUAUCACACCAGGGAGAAUCAUUGGGAUGUCAUCUCCUAUUCUCCUUUUCCACGAUAUGACCUGGUUGCCACGGAGCUCAAUGGUGCCAUCUAUCUGUUUGGAGGCCAAGCUUUGCGCUUUGAUGUGGAGACAGACGAGUGGACUGUUCUGCAGGAGGAAUUUCUGGAGAAAAAGUUCUUCUGCGGCUGCACCACAGUCAAUGGCCAGAUAUUCCUGUUGUGUGAGAAAAAGAGUAACAAAGCACUCCCCAAUAUGGUUUGGUUUGACCCUUACGUGGACACUUGCAUCAAGGUGGACAAUGCAAUACCAUGUCCCGUUCCACUCAGAGGGUGUGUUACCAUGAAAGUGUUUACAUGAAAGUGUGUGAGGUUGAAAUAAAUGCGUUCACUGACAACA